AUGUCUCGUAAGAAACAACAGAAGAGCGGACUUGCAUCGCAGCUGCCACUUGCAAUCAAGACGGGGAAGUACGUGGUUGGAUUCAACCAGACUCUCAAGUCAAUCAUCCACGAGAAGGCACACUGUGUGAUUCUGGCUGAUAACAUUCCAGAGCACAUGCGUCGAAGAAUAGAGUACUACUGCGUCCUAGCAAACAAUACGCCAAUUGAGUACUUUCCAGGAGACAAUAACGCCCUGAAUCUGCUAGCAGGCGUAAGUAAGAGGUGCUCUGUGAUUUCAGUGCUGGAACAGGGUGAGGCUGAUUUUGCUGAGAAUAAAGCAUAA